AUGUCGAACAUCCCGAUCGCCGACGAUCUGGCCCAAGCAUUCAAGCAGGCCGAUGAGUCGGUGCGCGCCAUUCUCGUGCAAAACGAUGGCGGACUUCUCAAACUCGUCGAAUCAGCACCGCCUUCAGACGCAGAUGCGAGCGACAAGCAAGACUUUGUACCGGUGCUGUCCAAGCUCUUUGCCAACGAUCCGCAACGCAGUGGAUACGCUCUGUAUCGUCUCGACAGCCAGUCCGCGUCAGGCGAGUGGGAGUGGCUCUGCUGCUCGUACCAGCCAGACGGUGCCAAAAUCAAGGAAAAGAUGCAGUACGCCAUCACGCGCUCCUCGCUCAUGGCGGGUCUCACUGAACGAAAUUUUCUGGAGACCAUCUUUGGUGCUACACCCAAAGACUUUCUGUGGCCUACCAAGUUGCGCAACAGCCGCAAGCACGACUAUCAGAAUCCCCAGCUCAAGACGGCAGGUCUCGCUGCGUCGGAAGCAGCAGGCACGGGUUCGGGAGGCGCACGAAGGAAUUUCGGCUCGGCCAGCAAGGCAAACAACCUCAGAUCGGCGCAAGAGUCAUCGACCACUGUGUUAACAAGUGCGGCAUCAGGCUCGACGGAAGCCUCCAAUCUUGAAGCCACUUCGGGUGUGACUGGUGUCAGCAAGAUUGGCUCAUUGCAAGAUACGACUCGAGCGGCCGAACGUCCUCGACCUGUUCCUGAAGCAGAGCAACCUUCAAUUACCUCGGCUCCUACCCCAAAGAGGUACAAUUCGCACGAGUUCACUUCGGCUUUCAAAAGCCCUUCGCCGCCUACUUCUGAAGAUAGAGGCGAAGAAGAUGCUUCUGCUACUUUGUCAGCGGAGAAGGACGUCAAUGCCAAGCAGUUUGCUUCUGAACUGGAAGCGCCCGAGGAGCCAACGACACCACGUGCAGUCGCCGGAAACACCGAUAGCCUGUCACAGCCCACGGUACCGUCCGACUCGACACUCCAGGCAGCAGUCAACGUCAGUACAGCCAUCGACAAGAAUGAACCAGAGUCCAGAGUGACCGCAGCCGAGCAAGAGUUUUCCGAGACCAAAGCGCCGCAGGAACCUCCUACGCCCUCAGCUGAGACAUUGGCACCUCUCUCACAGCCAACGCUGCCAACUUCGCUCGGUCAGGCCAGCUUGAAGGAUGCAGCGUUUGCGCAACAAAGCAGCUCGAUCUCGGUCGGAUCUGGAACUGGUGCGUCCACAACCGGGCUUACACAACGCGAGCAAGAGCUCGCCGAACUGCGAAGGUUGCAGGCGACCGAACGCGCUGGGGCAGCUAGCAGCAAUGGCAUAGGUAGCGGUGCCGGUGGACCCGCCGUCGGAUUCAAAUGGGGUGAUGGAGUCCAAGAGGCGAUCCAGGGGCUUGCAUCUACGGCGUCCGGAACCUCUGAGUGGAACCUGGUGGUUCUGGCGAUCGACCUUCGUAGCGAGACGGUCGAGCUCGAAUCGCCACCUCGCUUUGUUCCACCUGCAGAUCUGCCUUCAGCGCUGAGCGACCACGACCCCCGAAUCGCAUUCUACAGGCUGGACAAUGUAUCGCUGCGAGCGUCGAGCGAGAGCGUAGUGGCGAUGCUAUAUUGCUGUCCCGCCUCUAGCGGUGUCAAGGCGCGGAUGAUCUAUUCGAGCAAUGUGCUGAUCAUCCUCAACCAUGUCAAGGGCUUUUCGGGUAUGCGUGUGGUAAAAAAACUCGAGGCGUCGGACAAAAACGAUCUGACGCACUCACAUGUCUCAAAUGAGAUCGAGCAAGUACUUGCACAAGAGAAGCACAAGUUUGCGGGGACCGGGAUUGAUAGUGAAGCGCCUCAGACUAUCACCAAGUUGGAAGCAGGAUUUUCAAGGCCUAGAAAGGCUGGUGCUUCUAGUCGAAACUAG